AUGGUUUUGAUUAAUGGGGUGAAGUAUGCGUGUGAUCGUUGUAUACGAGGUCACAGAGUAACUACGUGUACCCACACUGACCAACAUUUGACCAUGAUCAAGCCUAAAGGACGUCCGGCCUCACAGUGUCAUCACUGUCGAGAGAAUAGGAAGCAAAAGAGUGUUCAUGUAACUUGUACUUGUGGAAAGAAGAACAAAUUACCACGUUCAUCAUCUUCUACUUCGAUAAAUUCAUCAACUAUUCAUGAAACAGGAUGUGCCUGUCACAAAACUACUCAUUGCACCUGUGGUCCUUCUCUGGGAACAAGUAUGUCAACAAAGAAGAACAAGGAGACUGAUACAGCAAAGAUGAAGGCAUUAUUAGAGGGUGACAUUGUCAAAAGAUCCAAUUCAUUGCCAACGCGACAAACAUCAAGAAAGAAAACUUCCCCUGGUGAAAUCGGUACGUCUUCCAAUGUAGAUAACAACUUGCAAGAUCAAAUGGAUUAUGGAUUUAUACGUUCAAAUGAAACACAACUUGACAACCCAGAAUUAAGUGAUAAUUUUGUUAUUGAAGAUAUAUUGAUGCCAUUUGAAACCAAAAAGGGAUUGUUUGACUUGUUUAACAAGCAAGAGGAUCAAGAUGGGACCAACUCUGUUGUCAGUGACAGCAGAAACAACAUAAGCCAACAGUUUAAUACAAUUACACCACAAUCGAAUGACUCCCCAAGUCGAGUAAAACAGGAGGACUCCAGUGAAAGAACUUCGGUAUUUAGCCCAGAUCGGUCUAAUCCAAGUCCGGCUGGUUUUGAAGUAGUCGAUCACAUGUUUCCACUAUUCCCACUUAUUGGUGGUCCUAGUUUUGACAAUGAAAAUAAACCAUUGCUGGGAAUACCCGCCAAUGCAAAAAUACCUGUUCCUCAUCAGCCUACUCCCAUCAGACCACUGUUGGCGUCGCAAAACACCAAUCUGAACAGCUCAUUACCAUCAGCGACCGAUUCGAAUCAUAAUAUCAACUUUGGCAGUAGUUUUGACACCAACAUCCAAAAUACUCAUUUCAAUCAACAUCUGCGAGGUCCCAAACGUCCUGAGAGUGUACUAUCAAUUGCAUCGAACUCAUCUGCAAGGUCAUUUGAUUUCAUGGGUAAUAGCUACAACAAUUAUAAUAAUACACUCAUCAAUGGAGGUAUACCUUUGUCAGCCACUUCCACAGCUUAUCCACCUUCCGGCACCGAUGAAAAUAUUAUUACAGGCACUGAACAAUGCGAAGAACAUAACACAAUGCAUCAUCAUUUUGGCAAGACGGGGCUAGGGGCUGGUAAAUUCGGAUCUCAAUUGAGCAAAAUAGAGAGUGAAAUGUACACUGAUACAUUUUUUGAUGAAGCUAUGAAUUAUGAGCAAGGCGAUAUAAAUAUGCAGCAAGAACGACCACAAUUGUCAGAUGUUUUGUCAACUCCAGCGGACUUUUAUCCAGUAAGCAAUGGCAAUAAUAUUGAGCAAAGUAACUUUCAAAACGGAAGCAAUGGAGUAAUAUGCUCUGAUCUGACAAAUUCUUCAGGUAAUGAACCAUCUUCAUCGCAAAAUAAUUCACUUGGUGAUUUGACGUAUUCAAAAAGCAAUGAUGCUCAACAUCAAGAAGAUACCAAUACGACAGGAUUAAUCGGUGGAGAUUUGCCUAUGUUUCAAGGUUUUGCUAUACCAUUGGUUAAUACUCCCAAAUGA